AUGCUCAUACGUAACAUAAUGCCAAAAUCGAUCGUUUUUCUUAUCUUAAUCUUAGAAGCUUGUCUGAUUAAUGCACUAACACCCAACGGGAACAGCUAUGAUGAUCACGGCGUUAAAUUAGCUGCAAACGACUACAUGAUCGUCGAAGCUCAAAAUAAUUUGUCACAAUUUUCUGUUCAGUUUUACAAUAGUCAAUUGACACUGUUUGAGAAAUACUGUUCGAUACCGUAUGACAAAACGUCUGCAAUUUACGACGAACCACCUGUUUGGAUAAACGAUGGUAUGUUCUGGGACUACGGUUAUUAUUAUACAAAUAUAGGAGGUAUAUAUAAAUGGCAGCCUAAUAUCACAUAUAUAAAUACAUCACAUUGGAGUCAAAGUACUGUUUCUUCCACAUCAGAUGAUUUUAUUUACAGUGUUGCAGUCGGUAAACACCAAAAUGCAGGACAAUCGUAUUUUGUCUUUGUGGGUAUAAAUCUGAACACAUCUUUAUAUGGCCCAUAUCGUGGUCCAUUUAUCGGAUCGGUCGAGAUCGAUUCCACCACAUGCGGAUCCAAUUAUGACAUAAAACUUUUGCCUUUUGUACAACCUGAAGAAUUUUUUGUCGUAGGAAUUGAUCUCAAUGGAACUCUUGCUUACGGCUUUGCUACCAGUUUCAUUGUCCUCUACGAUCCCAAUGCGAAGGUCAAUGUCUCUUGGUCAAGUCAAGAAACAUGGAAGGACGCCUUCUCUCCACAUGCGGUUGAAAUCGGAGACGGUUUUGCGGUUGUUGCUGGAUUUCUGAACGGUGGGGAUAAAUACACUCCCGUUGUUUAUCUGUUAACUCUUCAUUCGUGUCUCAGUGUCCUCAACUGGACUUGUAUGCAACAAAAUGGUAAGGUGAUCUACCCUUAUACUCCAAAUUCGUGGCAAUGGCGUAUAGCUCUGAGUACUAGUAACCCAUCGGACACGUACGAUCCUAUGUACGACUUCUCUAUCUCUAUAAAUGAUGCGGGAGCUGUUCUUGUUGGAAUGCAGUUUCUCAACACUGUCUAUCUUUUCAAUGUCUUAAAUAGUACAAUACUUAGUCUAGUGAGUAGUCGAACAAACGGUAUCAUACCAAUGAUUGGCUUCGGUAAGGCAGUGGCGUGGUGUGAUUCAAAUACAGCCGUUAUACUAUCGAAUAACUAUUCAACAGAUUAUCUCACUUGGCGAUCGACACAAAUUGAAAUAUAUGAAAUAAGCAACGGUUUCAGUAGUACCACUGAUCCUUUUUCAUUCUUUCCUACUACUCAACAGCCAUUGUGGACAAAAAUGAAUCCCAUAUUUCUUACUAUCGUCUCCACUGCAACCUCCGUCAUUUUUCAAGACAUAUCUGGUCAAGUAUACGUCCUCUUCUCGGCAGAAACGGGGCAAUUCGCGGACACAUCAAUCGGUAUUUCCACCGAUGCAGCAUCCCCAAUCUACUUCUCAUCGGUUAUCUACUGUCUUGCUGGCACAUAUAAGAAUAGUUCAGGUGGUAGUAAGGACAUGUUUCGAACCUGUCGCCUAUGUCCUUUCGGAACGUAUAAUCCUGGUAUUAUUUUAAAUACUAGUAUUGAUUGUGCACCGUGUGACAACGAAACAAUGCUUUGUCCACUUGGAGCUGUUGCUGAAACUGAUCCAUCCGAACUGUAUGAAGUGAGUCAAUCUACGACUUAUCCUCAGUCUCCAGAGAACACAGUUUUUGACGAUAUCUUAAUGCAAAAUAUGUUUAACGUCGAUUUUUCAAAUUGUUUAAUGCUUUCUCCAUUUUUCUGGUCUGCUGUUAUGAUUGGAUUUGCCGGUGUAAUGCUUAUGUUGAUGGGAGCAUUGAAAUUUUCGGUCAAAUGUAAAAAGUUUCGACAACUAUUCAAGCGAAUUUUUCGUCAAACAGAUUUGAUAGGUGAGGGAGAACUAUGGAUAGGUGGAUUGUUAUCAUUUUCGAUUAUUGUUCUGGCUGUGUUUGCUUAUAUGUUCAGUGAUUCGUAUUUGAGGCAGUAUCCAAUCGAAAACGUUGGAGACGCCAAUUUCUCAUGUGAUAAAACGCUGCGAAAUGCGAAAUUCAGCACGAGUAUGCAGUCACUGGGAACACCUCCGACUGAGGAGCUGAAUGUCAUCUUCGACAUGUUGGAUAAUCAAAACUUUACGUUGCAUGUCGCAUUUAUUAAUACUGUCCUCAAUUAUGAUAGUUUGACCGUGACCCAGUACACAGGGUCUAUUCCGUCUUCUCCAGAUAAAGUCGGUUCCAGUAAUAAUAAAACGAUGUACGUUGCUGUUAAUGUGACAUCUCAUCUGUUCAGUAUUCAAUUUAACACCAGUAGCUCGAAUACUACUGGAGUAAUUCGUGUUGGCCUCACUGGUGAUGCUAUUUCCAAUGGAUCGUAUUAUGUUCGAAAAUUAGAAUUCUAUCAAUCGUACUACGUGGACAAUCGAACGCUGACACAGGAUCCCACUAUUAGCAUAGAACUCAUCAAAGUCAUUAAUCAAACUGAACCUCUUUUUUCGACGCAGACAGUUAACUACAGUGGGCUGUGGAUACCAACAUGGGGUUACAAUAAAGACGCUGCAUUCUACACGGAGGAACAAUACAAUCAGUUUCAUACUCAACCCGCAACAAUAUUAACAAUUACAUUGUCGGAAUCAACCUACUACAUUUUGAAUGUCCAAGAACCAAUUGCUAAACAGGCUGAAAUCAUUUUUCACUGUCUUCUAUUUACGAUUGUCUGUUUGGAAAUCUAUGGUCUAGUAUUUGUGAUAUUCAAACUGAUUCUCCUGUCUAUAUUUGAAGCUAUAGUAAAACGUUUCUUUCCAUCGAAUAAAGUUGGAGUCAUCGAAGAAACUGUAGAACUUGAAUGUCCAAAGCAGCCCACUAUGACUGGAAGAAAAUGGUAUGAAUAUAAGAAAACUGACAUGGAGCGAAAAUGGUACAAACAAGAAGGAUCAGAAAUAUGGGUUACAAAUGAAAAGGCUACGAUACAACCUUCUAGAAGAAAAGGAUGGCCAUUAAGCUGGACGCGCAAGUCAUCAAAGCCAGUGGCACUGUCAAAUAUUUCAACCUAG